ACGUCUCAGUCCGCUCUCGCGAAAUGCACGUGACACACGCCGUCCUGCUGGCCGCCUGCGUGGCCGCGGCCGCCGGCCUCUCGCUGCACCGGUGCGCCGGCGGCUGCCGAGAAUCGUCCGCCGUCGCCAGGAUCGAGAUGGUCAAGCAGCAGAUUUUGGGCAAACUGCGGCUGCAGGAGGCGCCGCGGCCAAACCUCACGAUGGCCGCCCUGCCCAGGCCGUUGGCCGCCGCGCACGGCCGCCAGCAGGAAAACUCGUUCGAGGAUUUCUACGGCAAGACCGACCAAGUCAUUCUCUUCCCCGACGCAGGAGUGGAAGCGUGUCCGGACAGUCCAUCAGCAGCUCUGUGCUUCUCGUUCAGUCUGCCGCAAAAUUUGGCCGACGAAUCGGUGGUCGACUCAGCCGGGCUGUGGCUCAACAGACACACCUUCCAAGCGGCGCGCGGGGACGAGCACCUCUUCCGGCUUUGGGCCAAAAACUCCUCGGCGCUUCCUCAGCUCCAGCUCAUCGCCUCGGUGUGGUCAAAAAUCAAAGACAGUUGGAUGCAAGUGAAACUCGACGUGGUCGACACUUGGGUGAACAAGUCUCAGUUGCACCAGAAGAUCCAGAUCGAGUGCACCACCUGCCAGGGCAAGGGCCAACUCAGGGAGGACCAGCUGCCCUUCCUCGUCAUCAGCACCAGGUCGCUCUCGGCGCCUCAGAGAGUUCGUCGGAGCAUCAAUUGCACGCCGGGCAUCAAAGAGUGCUGCCGUGAAAAUUUGCGCAUCAAUUUCGACGAGAUCGGCUGGGGCAACUGGAUUCUGCAGCCCAAAGGCUACGACGCCUUUUUCUGCAGAGGUUCCUGCACAAACGGAGCCGCCAUCGCGCAGAGUGGCUCCUUCUACACUUCCAUUAUCCAGAAAUACUUGAGUCUUGGGCUGGCGCGGACGAAGAACAAGGUGGACCUGACGCCGUGCUGCACACCGACUAAGUUCUCGUCGCUGCAGCUGCUGUACGUGGACAGCAACAACGUGGUGAUGCAAAAGACGCUGCCGAACAUGGUGGUCGACUCGUGCGGUUGCUUGUGACCUCGGCGCGGCGCGGACACUUAUUUAUUUCUUUAGUGUUUAGGGAAAAAAAAGGAUGAAAUGUGGUCUCACCCUAGCUCAGCGCUACCUUUUGUGCUAAAGACUGAAAUGAAUUAAUGCUGCAAUUUUGAGAUUUGUUGUCCCUUGGAAUAAGCGACGGGGAUUAAAUGUGCUUAUUAUUUAUUUGUUUCGUUUAUUAUAUAAGUUAAAAAAAAACAUAAAACGGUUUAAUGUGAUUCUUUGCGAGUGAAGGAGUCUUAAAAAUAAAGAAAACCAAAAGCAACGAUUUACAAGAUUAUUAUUGCUGUUAAUUACAAGACUGGUAAUUAAAUUUCCCAGAGAAAAAUAAAAUGUUAAACCAGAAAAUUUGAAAACAUUGAUUUAUAUAAUGUCCGGAAAUUAAAAUUUUAGCUCAAAAUGUGGCUUAAAUAUUAUAAAUUUGUUUCUGAUUUUUUUUUAAAUAUAUUAUGCAAAAAUUCCUGCGACUUUAAAGUCUUUUUUUACACAAGUUAUGGUAAUGGCGAUGAUGAUAAUUUGAUAUU